AUGAAGAAAAAGACAUUCCAAAAGAAGAACCUCUGUCUUGAUACAGAUGAAGAUUCUGUUUAAGCAGGUAGUGUUUAUUCAGAAAUUGGACCUGAUGGAUUGAGAUUUCUAAAAGAAAACAUCAAAGUUUCAAAAGAUGGUCUUCAAGUUCAAGGAUAACAAUAACUUCAACCAAUCAAUGCUGAUUAUAUUCAAAUUGUCAAUAAACAUUUAGGAAGAGGUGCAGCAGGAACUGUUAGUGAAGCUAUUUAUAAACCACUUGGCAUUAGAGUUGCUAUUAAAGUAAUUUUAAUUCCUAUGAAAGUCUAUCAAUGCUUAUGAUCGAGAGAAAAGAUACUAAUUGAUGAAUGAUAUUAAGAUACUCUUACAAAAUAAAAUGAAUGCUGAAAACAAUUCAGGCUAUUAUUGUUAAUUUUUAGUUAAUUUAUAUGGAGCUUAUUUUGAUGAAGGCAGUGUUAAAGUUGUUUUAGAAUUAAUGGAUGCUGGUUCCUUAGGAGAUAUAUUAAGAAUUUAUAGAGCUGCUUAAAUUAAUGGCCCUAUCAUAAGUGAACCUAUACUAGCUAAAAUUAGCCAACAAAUUUUGAAUGGAUUAAGUUACUUACAUCUAAUUUCUAAUCAAAUUCACAGAGAUAUCAAACCAGAUAAUAUCCUCUUGAAUUCAUAAGGCUAUGUUAAAUUAACUGAUUUUGGUAUUUCAAGAGAUCUUGAAUAAUCAGCUUUCUGCACUACUAAUUGUGGUACAUAAGCUUAUAUGAGCCCUGAAAGAAUUGGAGCCAAAAAAUAUAAUCAUUUAAGUGACAUUUGGAGUUUUGGAAUUGUUUUAUAUGAAUUAGCUAUGGGAAAGUAUCCAUUUUCUAGUGCUAAAACUUAUUUUGAAAUGCUAGAUGCUGUUGUAAAUGAAGCACAACCAGAACUCUCAGGAAAUCAAUUUUCUAUAGAAUUGAAAGAUUUUCUGACUCGUUGUUUAUAGAAAAAAAUAUCAAUGAGAGCUUCAGCUAUUGAAUUAUUAAGUCAUCCUUGGAUUCUUCAGAAUUUUAAUAAAGGAGAAGCUAUUUCUGAUUGGCUUUAACAUGUAAAACAUAAUAUUCUGCCUAUUGCUCAAAAAAAUAGGGAAAAUUAAGAUUAAAAAUUGAGAUAACAAUUAGAAAAAGAUUGA